AUGGUAUCUCGUCCUUUGGAAGACACCGACCGUACGUUGUGGAUGGGAGAUUUAGACAGUACAUGGGAUGCAAGUUAUAUUACUGAAGCUUUUUCUCGAAUGGGCGAAGAAGUCCUAAACGUGAAAAUCGUUUUUGAUAAACGGACAGGAAAGCCGUAUUGUUUCGUCGAAUUCACUGAUCAAGAGAGUGCUCGUAGGGCGAUGUUGCAUAUCAAUGGUAAACCAAUACCAAAGGCUAAUCCGCCCGCAGUUUUUAAUUUGUCGUUUGCCAAUUCGUCAACUACAUCGUAUACGGAGUAUAACCUGUUUGUAAACAACGUUCCUCAUAAUAUGGAUAACGCAUCGUUAUUUUUGAUAUUUGGAGAAAGAUAUAGGUCAUGCAGAGGUGCAAAAGUUUAUCGCAAUUCGGAUGGUUCUUCGAAAGGUCAAGGUUUCGUGCGUUUUUCCGAUCAGACGGAUCAGCAGAGAGCACUGCUGGAAAUGAACAAGUAUAGAGUUGAUGGAAAACAAUUGAUUCUUAAACUGGCUCCACCAAAACACAAGGCCCCACGUCAGAACAGACAGCAAGCACAAAACAGUUAUGAUUCAUUGUCCUAUUAUAGGCAUCCGCAGGAGCCCUUUCUUUAUCAACGUUUUGUACUCACUUCCCAAGCUCCUUUCUCACAUAUGGUAGAAGGUGGAGCUAUUGUUGCAUAUGAUAGUUAUGGAGUGGCCCCAGUUGGUGAUAUAAGUGCCGAAGAGAGUAAUGAACGACUUUUGGCAAAUGGCGAAGAACUAUUUAGAGCUUUGGAGGAGAGCAGAUGGAGUAAAGUUGUUCUUGAUGCAAAUGAUAGAAAAAAUCUUUUGCGAUCUCUGACUGAAAAAAUGUUGGCUUGA